GGUACCAAAAAGGCAAGCUCAAGGAUCAUUUCAGUACUUUUCAAAGAUCAAGGACUAUUCUUUUUCAUAAAGCUGAAAGUUGAAGGACUGUUUUGGUUAUUUAACCUUUUUUUGGUAAAUUAGUUCUAUGCAUUGGAGAGAAGAGUAGAUCUUAGAGUCUCAAUUGAUGGGUUGAAUAAAAUAAUAUGAAUUAUAAUGAUUUGGUGUGAAUAGGUGCUCUAAUAUUUAUAAAAAUUAAAAAUUCAAGUUAUUUCAUUGUAACAUUUAUGUUUAAGGCAUGGAUAUUAUCUAGUUUAUAUACUAUAGUUAAUUUCUGAAUCCAUUUUCUGAAUUUUGAGGUACAAAUGCAAAAUACUGGAAUGUCAAGAAAGACAGCGGUAGCAUUCCUCAAUUAAGAGGUGUAAGAUGUUUUUCAUUUGAGGAGCUUAAGAAAUAUACAAAUAACUUUUCAGAUGCCAACGAUAUUGGAUCCGGAGGUUAUGGAAAGGUUUAUAGGGGCACUCUUCCCAAUGGACAGCUAAUUGCAAUCAAACGAGCCCAACAAGGAUCAAUGCAGGGUUCGUUGGAAUUCAAAACAGAGAUUGAACUUUUAUCUAGAGUCCAUCAUAAAAAUGUUGUUAGUCUAUUAGGAUUUUGUUUUGAACGACAUGAACAAAUGCUAAUAUAUGAAUUUGUUCCAAACGGCACCUUGUAUGAAACUUUAUCAGGAAAGUCAGGAAUCAAAUUGGAUUGGACUAGGCGACUCAAGGUAGCCCUUGGUGCAGCUAGAGGCCUGGCAUAUCUGCAUGAACUUGCCAAUCCUCCCAUCAUACAUAGGGACAUUAAAUCAGCUAACAUAUUAUUGGAUCAACACCUUACUGCUAAAGUUGCCGAUUUUGGCCUUUCCAAGCCUAUAGAUGACAGUGAAAAAGGUCAUGUUACCACUCAAGUCAAAGGUACAAUGGGUUACAUGGAUCCUGAAUAUUAUAUGACCCAGCAGCUAACAGAAAAGAGUGAUGUUUAUAGUUUUGGGGUGCUUUUGUUGGAGCUAAUAACUGCAAAAAAACCAAUAGAGCGAGGGAAGUAUAUUGUAAAAGAGGUGAAAAUGGCAAUGGAUAAGGCAAAAGACUUGUAUAGUCUACAUCAGAUUCUUGACCCAGCCAUUCUGGAUACAAGCUUGAAAGGUUUAGAAAAGUUUGUGGACCUAGCAAUUAGCUGUGUGGAAGAAUCAGGAGUUGACAGGCCUAAAAUGGGUGAAGUUGUAAAAGCGCUUGAAAACAUCAUGCAAAUUGCUGGGAUGAAUCCCAACGUCGAGACACCCACAAGUUCAGCAAGUUAUGAGGAGGCAUCUAAGGGAAGUUCCUUCCAUCCUUUUAGUGAUGAGUCCCUUGCUAAUAGUAGUACAUUUCCAGCUUCAAAUUAAGGUCUGAACAUGUAUUGAGUUUAAUUUUAGAUUUUGGAGUAUUGAAUAGCUUUUGUGUCUAGUAUUUAGUUUGACAGGAAGCUCUGUAUAUAUGUGUGUGAAAAUUAGAAUGCCCUAGUACUUAAAAUAUCAUAAUUGUCUAUAAAAUUAUUUAAAUACUCUUAAUAAAUCUUCUUUAUAUGUUGAUUAAUUAAGAGUAUUUAAAUAUUUUAAGAGGCAAUCUUGGUAUUUCAAAAAUAUUUCUAUAUGUGUGUGUGCAAGUAUGUUUUGUAUUGUAUUCUCUUUCGUUUGUUCCAAACUGAAAUGGAUAGAUGAUGGCAAACAAUUGUGUAGAAAGAUCCUAAAAUGCUUUAGGAGCAAUGUUCCAGUG